GGUAUUUCCAUUAUUCGGCUGUUCCCAGAAAGCUUCCAUGAUCAACAAUGAAUUGGAGAACAGAAGAUUGUAACUAACGGAGUUUCCCAUUUCUCUAAGAACUGUGUUACAGAUGGAUCAAUCACUUUCAGAGGGAACACAAACACAAGAGAACACUAAUUGGGAGCUAGCAUUGCAUCAUUUCGAGAACCUGAUUGCAACCGGGAGUGACGCUUUGCAAGUGCAGGCUAUAAUUAAGCUUUCUCGCUUGUCUAACCGUGCUCCUGAGAGAAUAUUGAUAUGCACCGUGCCAAUCUUAGUGGAGCAUCUCGACACGUCAUCCGAAACUACAAAUGAUGCUAUCUUGAAAGCCUCUGCAUACUGUUUGAAGUGCAUUUCUUGUCAAGGGGACGGAAGGCUGGCGGUAAGCAUAGGCCAAUCUGGGGCCAUUCAUCGCAUCCUCUGCCUUUUACCUCAAUCUGAAGUUGGUUUACAAAAAGUUCUUCUGAAGUGCCUUCGAAAUCUUGUAGCAUUUGAUGGUCCUAAUCGGGUUAAUGUAGUGAGAAUUGGUGGGUUGAAAGUCAUCAUUGAUAUGUUAAAUUCUUGUCCUGACGUUUUGAGACCUCUCUUCUUGGAUAUUUUGAGUGCACUUGCUCUUUUAAGAGAGGUUAGACGGUCCAUUUACAAUUUGCGGGUGGUUCGUUUACUUGUUGAAUCAGGUAAAGUCGGGAAUAUGGCUUCUAGGACUAGAGCUGCUCAGGCGAUUGGGUUACUUGGGCUGGUUAAAAGAGCAAGACGUGAUCUUGUUAAUGCGGGUGCCAUAGAGGUUCUUGUUGAUUUGCUUCGAAAUGGCAACACCUCAACAAAGAUAGUUGCUGGUAAUGCCUUGGGGGUAAUAUCGUCACAUGUUGAGUAUAUCAGACCUGUUGCUGAACAUGGGGUCAUUCCUUUAUAUGCCGAGCUUCUUCAAGAACAGGAGCCAUUGGGGAGGGAGAUUGCAGAGGAUGUGUUUUGCAUUUUAGCUGUUACGGAUACUAAUGCCAUCACAAUUGUUGAACAUUUGGUGACGAUUUUGAGAGGAAAUGAUAACGGAAGCAUAGCAGCAGCUGCGGAUGUUUUGUGGGAUCUUUCAAGUUAUAAGCAUGUAUUGCCUAUUAUUCAUAGGUCUGGUGCGAUCCUGCUUUUGGUGGAGCUUUUGAGAAGUAGUGAGGAUACUAAUGUUAGGGAGAACGUUUGUGGGGUGAUUGCGCAGUUGAGUUACAACGAUGCUGAGAGGGAUUUGAUUGCUAGUUUGGGGGGGAUUUCUCUUUUGAUUAGCAUGUUAGAAGAUGAGUCGGAGGAACUCAGAGGUAAUGCUGCUCAGGCGCUUGUUAACUUUUACGAGGACGUGUUAUUUCGCGAUAGAAUGUUGGGUGCAGUGGAUCAUCCUUUGUUCCUGAGCAUGAUGGAGAGGGUGGGGCAGAUACGUGGGGGAGAAUUACGUAUGGCUGCUUCAGUGAGACAGAUGACUCUUGACGAGUUAACUUGGAAUCCUGGUCUGUAAUUACUUUUAAGUUCACACCAUGCUAAUGUCACUGUAGUUUCUUUUUGUGGAUUUUUGAAAUUAGAAAUGUGUAACAUCCACAAAAUCAUCUGGGUUCUAAGCCUUUUCUAUGAAUCAUGAUUCAUGGGUAGG